UGAAGUGGAACUGGAAUAGAAUUUUUUGUUACAUGACGUCCAAAAGGAGCGUCACAUGAGAGCAUGCUCCGCACUGCAGGGUCUGUGAUUAUCGACCGGCGUGGAUGUCGUGUUCUAAAGAUUAUGAAGGGUGUAAGGACUUUGUUUACCCAAUUUGUUCGUUGUGAUCCUGUUUGUACUCAUCUGCACCCUAUGCGCGUUGACCAAAUGCGACGAUGGUGUCUGGCCGUCUGGCCGGGGUCAGGUCGUGUGAUUACCCGGGCGUACGCCACAGUUGGGCAGUUGAAGUCGCCAGGUACUGGUGUGGACAGCAAGACGGGCUUAAAAGCUGAUGAUUUGGCUCAGAAAAUUCGGCUUGAGAAGAAGAAGGAAACCGAGGAGAAAGACACGCCGCGGCUGUCUCCUGUACAAAAGAGAGUGAUGGAACUAAGGCAGCUGUCGCAGCAGUUGCAGAGCGUCCACCCGAAUGUGCUGGCUAAAGCUUUACGCAAGGACCUGUUGUUCCAGAACCAGGAUAUCCUCGCUAUCAAUAAGCCAUAUGGAGUACCUGCACACGGUGGGCCGGGAGUCACAAACAGCAUCACUGAUGUGUUGCCAGUCCUUGUCAAAAUGAUUGAGGGAAUGAGCACAGGAUCAAGGCUGCACCUUUGCCACCGAUUGGACAAGGAGACAACUGGUGCAAUGCUGUUGGCAAGGAGCGAGGAGGCAGCCAGUCACAUCCAAGAACUCUUCAGAACUCAUCAAGUGGAGAAAAAGUAUUGGGUUGUAACUGUGGGUGUGCCUGUGCCUUCCGAGGGAGUGAUUGACAUCCCCAUCAUGGAGAAGGAGGUCUCUGGCUCCCAGCCACACUACAAGAUGGUGCUCAGCCCAGUAUACAGGGUGAGUGAAGGAGGGGAGGCUAUGAUCCGGGUUCGGGCCAAUCGGCAGGCCCAAAGUGCUGUGACCCAGUACCGGGUUCUGGCUAGCUCUGGAGGCUGCAGCCUGGUGGAACUCCAGCCCAUUACAGGGAUUAAGCAUCAGCUCCGGGUUCACAUGGCUUAUGGCCUUGGUUGCCCAAUCCUGGGGGAUCACAAGUAUUCCCACUGGAACAAACUGGCCCCACAGAAAUUACCUGAAGGGGUUCUGCGAAGGUUGGGUCUGGAACAGAGUAAAGCUCGGUACCUCCCUCUCCACUUACACUCCCGCCAGCUGACUCUGCCAGGGGUGAAGGAACACAAUGACAUCAUCCUCCACUGUCCCCUGCCAAAAUUCUUCACCAAGACUCUGCACAGACUACAGAUUCCCCUGCCUGAGAAAACGUCAUGACAAGGCUUCACACACACAAACCUCGACCCAGCUCAACCUUCAUUACCAGGAGUGUAUGGAAAUCAGGUGGGUUGUGGUCCACAUUUUCACCCUUAAAGCAGAAAAUGUGACUACCGCCUAAACUUACAGCCUUGUACCAUCAGAUUGUGGUGGUCCUCUGUGGGAGUGGACAUCAGGACAACCCAGCUUAAACUAUCUUAGGCUGUUACGUAUGGACUAUUUCAAACUGAUUUGUGUAUACCAAAGAAAUAACCAAGUCUUGGUCAUGCUCAACACAGACAACUUGUUCCUCGAGACUUCCACAGCUGUCCAGCUGUGCUAGAGCAGUACUUUUAGACAUGGAUCCUGCUAUUAAAUUUGCGAAAAGCCGAUUGAAGGUCUGGACUUAGGAGUUUUGUUCAUGUCCUUCAGAGGACCAGUAUGUUUCACAUUAGUACACAGAAAGCUCUCAAAACAAGUGGGGUAAAAACAUAUCUCAGCCCUGAUUCAGAAGAAAUGGGGUUCUUUGUUAGGUUUAUGUUCUCAAUUAAUUAGUAUGAGCUGAUAAUUGAAUACUAAUUUAGCACUGUCAUCAAUUGACAGUUGAAUAUCCAGUCCCUUGCGUCAAAAAAUCAGUUUAAGUAUGUUAGUGCUAAUAAAAUGGUGCAAAUUAAGGUGAUUAUUUUUUGCAUUUCCUCCCCUUAGAAAUUAAGCUGGAUAUCUUCCAAUUACUAAUUGAUUGAGAGCAGCUGUUUAAUCAGCCAAGUAGGACAGUUAUGCUUGAGGGACAGUUAUUAACAUAUCUUUACUUUUUACUCACACAAACACCUCAAGCAACACAAUUUGUUCAAAAAGUGUAUGGGAAAUAAACAGUGGAAAUAUCAGAUGUAGGUCAAUAUUCAACAACUGACCAACUAAAAUGAAUUCAUGAAAAGCUACAGCUUGAAUGAAAACCACCUUACCAAGGACCCAAGAGCCAGGGCUGAGAAACAUUGAUCUAAGGUAGUCACUGGAUCCCCUAUAGGGGGCAGAAACUUUGUUUCAAGCUAGGUGUAUGUAGUCUGAUGUGCUUUUCAGGCUUGUGCUUUUCUUUUUUGCAAUGGGAAAUUGAGGUGUGUAUUACUUCAUUCUGCAGCUGAGUACCAACCUCUGUAUUAUACCAUGCAGAUCCGUACCUCAUUGUAUGUUGUAAUCAUCUUAUUCAGACUAGAUAAUAUCCAACUGGGCAGCACCAGAAGAGUCAAUUUGAGCUCAUUCAUAAUUUGUUCUACACAAUGGAGUGCAAUGACCUGUAAUUAUUGGUAAUAAUACAGUUGCGCUUACAACAUACUCAGCUGGUAAGGCGGUGAUCUUGAGGGCACUAUGGCCUGGGUUUGAAACUGGCCACAUCACUUGCUAAUUGGCUUUGUUCUGCCA